CCACAUCUUCUGGAUUUUUUUUAGCUUGAAACAAACAAACAAAAAAUGAGCACCAUACCCAACAUGAUUCAAAAGUGUCUGUGGCUUGAGUUCCUUAUGGGUACGUUCAUUGCUGGCACCCUAUCCCUGGACUGUAACUUACUGAAUGUUCACCUGAGAAGAGUCACCUGGCAAAAUCUGAGACUUCUGAGUAGUAUGAGCAAUUCAUUUCCUGUAGAAUGUCUACGAGAAAACAUAGCUUUUGAGUUGCCCCAAGAAUUUCUACAAUACACCCAGCAUAUGAAGAGGGACAUCAAGAAGGCCUUCUAUGAAAUGUCCCUACAGACCUUCAACAUCUUCAGCCAACACACCUUCAAAUCUGGGAAAGAGAGACAUGUCAAACAAAUCCAAAUAGGACUUGAUCAGCAAGCAGAGUACCUGAACCAAUGCUUGGAGGAAGACAAGAAUGAAAAUGAAGACAUGAAAGAAAUGAAAGAAAAUGAGAUGAAACCCUCAGAAGCCAGGGUCCCCCAGCUGAGUAACCUCGAACUGAGGAGAUAUUUCAACAGGAUAGACAAUUUCCUGAAAGAAAAGAAAUACAGUGACUGUGCCUGGGAGAUUGUCCGAGUGGAAAUCAGAAGAUGUUUGUACUACUUUUACAAAUUCACAGCUCUAUUCAGGAGGAAAUAAGAAUCAUCUACUUUCAAGCAAGAAUUAACAGAGAUUGUGGCUAUGCAAAUGCACAAAAAAAGGGUGAAAUGUACCUGCAAUGUACCUGGUUCUGCCCUUGGAAGUCAUUUCCUGCUCAUGCCAUUAAGAACAUGCUGCCAAACUGUUCAGAUUCAAGAUUAUUCCAAGUGCAGGGCUCAAAUGUUAUAGCCAAAGAAAAUCUUAUGAUAAAAGUGAGGUAAAUUUCAGCCAAGAAGUUAGAAGAAAUGUUUAAAACAACAAUAACAAAUUGUGGAUCAUGGUAUAUGCAGGCUAUCAGUAGAAGGAUCAGACAAUAAAAUGAGUUAGUGCAAACCAUUUAGUAAAAAUAACUAUCAGCAGAGUUGUUCCAAAUUAAAAAUAGUACUACAAGCUUGUUAAGGAGUUAGGACAUGCAAGCUACUAAGCAUAAAAUAUACACUUGCUAUUUUUCAUGAAUUUCUCUAAUAAAGCCUUUGCCUGUUCUCUCUAAUA